AUAUAAAUGUUGCCGCGUUACAUUAAGCUUAGUAGUUUAUACGAUAGUAGUUUAUAAAGUAUAAAGAAAGAUAUCAAGAAAGCGGCGUCAUCAAAAUUUAAUAAUACGCAAGAAAGGAUAAUGGCAAGAUUCGGUAAUAUUCUAUGUCUUGUUACCAUCGCGGUUACUACCGUAACCGCGACUGAUUACUGCAACAUGAAGUCGUGUUCAGAAGGUAGUCACACUAUGUGCAAAUAUCCUACACCAAUACCAGCAAAAAGAUGCGAGCCGUUGAUCAGUGUUGGUCUCAAUGAUGUUGAUAGAAAGGCUAUGUUAGACAAACAUAAUGAACUGAGACGAAAAGUCGCAUCGGGUCAGGAAACCAAGGGACGCCCUGGUCCGCAACCUCCGGCAGUUAGCAUGCCAGAUUUGACUUGGGAUAAAGAACUAGAAGAUAUUGCACAAAGAUGGGUCAUUCAAUGCUAUUUGGGUUUCGACGAGUGCAGAAAUGUGGACAGAUUUGCUGUUGGUCAAAGCAUAGUAAGUGUAAAAACUACGGGAGAACACCCGUUCUCGAACCCAUCCAAUGGAGAAAUGGUUGAACGAUUAUACAUGGAUGUAUAUUUAUUUGAUAAAAAUAAAGCUUCCUUGCCAUAUGAAUUUGAUAAGUAUACAAUCUCCUAUACACAAAUAGUCUGGGCUAACACAACAACAGUCGGUUGUGGUCAAAUGAGCUCAUAUUAUCACGGCUGGAAUAAGACGAAAAUAGUAUGUAAUUAUGGUCCGAGGGGAAAUGUGAUCGGUGAUUUAAUAUACGAAGUGAAAGUUUAAACUAAAAAUUAAAUCUGAUCGAGAGAUUAAAGAUGUAAUACGAAAAGUAAUAACACGCAAAAAGGAAAAGCAAAUGAAACUUGCAAUAUGUUCUGUUAGAUGAAACCGACAAUUGUAACCAUUAUAAUUACAUUAAUAAACAUCAAAAUAAUA